UGUUCUCUGUCUGUCUCUGUCGGUGAACUUUGACCUUUACCUGCAGGACCAGGUGAGUCACGUGACCCGGACCUGACUGUGGUGGGCUGUGAUUGGACGGCUGUACGAACCAAUCAGAGGAAACAGAGAAACUACGUAACAACAAAUAUUAUUAUAAAACUUAAAUCACGUGUUUGUUGCACAUCCUGUCAGCGCGUGCAGUCAAACCCUGUGUUUGGGCUCGCAGGUGUGCGGAGCUCUCUGAUUGGUUGGCAGCUUCCACCUGAAGUCCUGUCAGUCAAACUGAGGGCGAUCUGUCCCCGCCUCCUCCGUGACGUCAUCGGUAGGUGGACGUGAACUUCCUAGUUUGGACUUUGUUUGAAUCCACGCAGACUCACGCGCUGUUUGCGGGGAGGUCCGGCCCGCGUCGGUUCUGGCUCCUUCUGGUUCUGUGUCUGACGGUUCCAACGCGUUACAAUGACUUUCUACAGAGUUCUGUCUCCGGUCCUGGUUCCGAUCUGCUGGCUGAUUGUGUCUCUCGCGGAGGAGGAUGUGAACAGACCCGCGAGCCCCUCGGCGAUCACACCCGCACAGACCAACACGAGCGCGGGGAACUCCACGCACAGCGGCGGGAAAAGUUCCACAGGUCCGUUUGGCGGCAUGAACGUGGACAGCUCGAUGAUCCAGCGGGCCCUGUACGUCCUGAUCGGGAUCACCAUGAUCGGAGUCCUGUACUUCCUGAUCCGGGCUGUGCGGCUGAAGCGUCCGGCCCCAGAAGAAGAAGUACGCCUGCGUCAAACUACGAGACUCGCUGGGAUGGAGGCGCUGGAAGCCGACGCGGACGACACGCUGUACGAAGCUCGCAGCCUCCGCAGGUGGCCUCAGAGUGACGCGUCACGUGGCUCCGCGUGGCUCAACGUGACGACGUACGUGGCCGGCCUGGCUCUCAAGUGA